AUGAAAUAUGAGGACCUCGAGAACCAACCAGACCUCGCGAAGGUAACAUCAAAUAACGAAGGACAGGCAAUCCCAAUGGCUGCUGAGGACAUGACAACGGAGAGAGGGCUCAAGUCCCGCCAUGCUCAGAUGCUUGCCCUUGGGGCAACAUUGGUACAGGCCUCUGUCGGUUCUGGACAAAGUUUCUACAUGGGAGGCCCAGUGUGCCUGGUGGUCACUUACUGCCUCAUAACUGGCCUAGUAUUCGGUAUAGUCACUGCAGCGACUGAGAUGUCUUCAUACCUACCUAUACCUGGCUCUUCUAUGUCAUACUUCGCCAGUCGCUUCUUUUCGAGUAGCCUUUGUUUUGCAUUGGGCUGUCUAUUGUUAUAUCUUUGCUACCUCAGUACCAGCAGACAUAAAGGCCGCAAUGCUAGUCGCCCAGUACUGGGACUCUUCAGCCGUGUGGAUUACUAUUUUACUGUGCUUAUUGUUGGACUGAACUGCUUCCCGGUCCGGUUCUAUGGCGAAGUGGAAUUCUGGUUCGCGUCGCUCAAGGUCAUUGGUAUUGUUGGGCUUCUUAUUAUGGCCGUGGUGCUUGUUUUUGGGGGAGGUACAAACUGA